AUGUUCCAAGCUAAAAUUCCCAGCGCAGCCGCAGGCCAUGUAAGUAUAUCUUAUACCAUACAAUUACCUGCUUAUGAAACCUCAGCCUUGUAAGUACCAUUGGUACAGAUGCCAACGAUUCUGCCCAUGAAGUGUUAUUCUCCUUCGCAGAGAUUCUGUUUUUAUCCUGCCAUGGAAAUGCAAGUAAAAAGAACAUUCUAGGCUUCUCCAAAAACAUAAUGAUAUUUUUUCGUAAUGAAUCAAAUAGAGCCAUUAAAAAGUUGCAUAAAGCUAUUAAACGUACCUGAAGUCCAGUGCCAAGUCAGUCUCCUCCAUGCAGCCUGAUCCACCCACAGUGAGAUCAUCGAUCUGUUGUCCAAUCAAAUGCUUCUCGUAAAGGGGCAUUUCAGACUUACGGCCCAUGUGAUGCAUGAGGAACCACCAAUCCAAUGCUUCUCUAUUAGAAGAGUAAGCUGUAAAGAUCUAAAAAAAAUGUAAGGUUUUGAGGAAAAAGGGCCUCUACUGACUAUAUUUCUGAUCGGAAAUACAAAUGUGCUUUUGACCAAAAUGUAAACAUUGUAGUUUCCGUGAAACAGCCAUAUUUUACAUUAUUUGAGAAAAGGUGCAGUAUCGAUACAGUAACCUGAAGUGGUUUGGGUGCUUAGGAUGUCCCUUUAAAUCCAUGGUUAAUACUAACAGUAAGUAAUUAAUUAACUAAUUAAUAUAACUGCUACAGCUCUAUGUUGUGGUUAUGUUGCCUAUAGUCCCUGAGUGCUGUCCAUGGGUUUUAAGACACGCACAGCCUGUCUCUUUUCAAUCAACUCGAUGAUGCAACAUUUACACUUCCUCAUUAUCUAUCGAUUCUAUUCAACAUGGAUGGCAAAUAUUGGCGGAGAAUGCUGACGCAAUAUCACUGAAAUAACCUAAUUUGCUUAAUUUGGUUGAAAUAAGCAAAAUACACCUCUAAUUGUAAUUUGCCUACAGCUGACAUAAAGCAUGAAAACAAAUUGCACAUCUAGGAGGUGAUAAACAAGUAACUCAUCUGUGUAACACGCUCCCUGCUUACGUAAGGGAGUAAUAUCCUCUUUUAACAGUUGCAUAAAAAUCGCUGUGCUAAUUCUACCUUACCCAAUCACUUCCACUUUCUGUACUCGUAGUGUCACAUAGUAUUACCAACUCUGCUUCCUAUUAACUCUUUGUGAACCAUUUUAGUAGGAAGGUUCAUUUAUCACGCGCAGCAGCACAGGCUGAUGGACAAGACCCUAAUAAAUAGCGUAAUAAUGAAUGGUAAAACAACAUAAACACGAUGCACCAGAAUACUAAAAUAGAAAAGAUGGUACAUAGUAAGGUUUUCUAGGUUACAGUAUUACUUAACAUUUAAUUUUACUUCCCAUUUAGAUAGCAGUAGCUUAGAAUGUGCAAACCCAACAUUUUAUGCCCAGUACCUCUUUUGCAAUAUCCAACCCCAGCUGUUACAUUCAAUUACUAUAUCAUUAUGUAAUUUUAUCUGAAAUAUUUUAUUCGUUAUUUAACUAAUAGUGUGCCAGCAUUGCACACUCAAUGAGUUAAUGGAAUACUUGGGAAUCGCUAACUUUACAGGGCCCCUUCCCCCACUGACAAGAGACUAGGCUUCUAAGAAUUAAUUUUAGUGUCUAAUCUGAGAGGAAGGAGAUGCGUGAAAGACAGCAUUGUGUAUCCUAUCUAACCAAGCUUCCCCUGCCAUCUCUUUGUGAAUUAGGAUUCGGGUUGCAGCCCUGCAGGAAGUGUGGUUCAAAGGUCAAAGGUUAGUAUGUGUUCGCUGCUACCCCUUCUCUCUGUCUGAUCGACCUGCAAUCAGUGUUAAACUUUGGUUUUUCUAUCCGCAGUCUUUUAGUGUGAAACCCCCUGUAAGAGAACUCUGCUCUUCCUGCCAGAAGACGGUCUACCCCAUGGAGAGACUGGUGGCCGACAAACAUAUAUUCCACAAUAGCUGCUUCUGCUGCAAGCACUGCAGUACCAAACUGAGGUAAGUCCCCGUGCUCGGCAGCUGUUUGUGUUGGGUGGGAAAGAUAAUCAUGAGUUCUCAGUAAAAAGGAUAUUCGUAAAAGUGUGAAUUGUCUGGAAUUUGAAGUACAUUUUCAAAGUUUAGACUAGAGUAGCCGAAUAGGAAAAACUCUCCAAGUCAUCUGUUUCCAGUUUGGCUAUUUAGGUCUGAAAUGUGAAAUUUAUUAAUAAUUAACACUUAUUGAACAACCCUGUAUGUGUGUAGUGGCCGGUACCGGUGCUCCGGGAGGUAGGUGAAUGCGUUAAGUACCAUUCUGGCUGUCGGUACUUGGGAAGUAGGUUGAAUGGGUUUAAACGAAUGAUUCCAAGUAAUCUGCGUCUGUAAUACAUACAGGAUAAGUCACUAAAACAUGCAUUGUUGGGCAUUCAAAGUGAAUUUAAGGCCAAAAUGACCCAAACAGAAAACAAAGCUGAAUUUGAGAGAUCGGCUAUUUUGGCCUACAAUUUGAAAUCCUGAUAGGUCUCACUUUAGUAUAUGACACUGAUAGAUCUUAUCAAUCAUUGUGUUUGAGAAGUCAGCUUUUUUUUUUUUUUUCUUUUUUUUUUAAAAGGAAGUCUUGCAGACAAACAAACAAACAAACAAACAAACAAAAAGAGAAAUAAAACAAUUACUAUGUGGACAUCGAAGUACUCCUUUUAUGGAAAUAUGACCUGGUGAGAAUGUUCUGUGCAUGCGGACGCUGGGUGUCUGGCAGCUCAGUGCGUGCUCAUAUGGCUGGUAGGUAGCCUUUUAUUGGAACACCUACAACUCCCACGAUGCUUUGCAUACCUUUAGAAUGACAAAGCAUUGUGGAAUCUGUAGUUUUAGAACGUCUGGGGAUCUACCAGGACAGCCCUGACUUAUACGAAUCAAUGGGCAUCGCAUGAAAGGUGCUGUCUUGCAGUAUUUACAUCGUGCAGGCUGUAAAUGGUCAAUUUUAGAGGAAUCCUGCAUCAUGCAAAUUGUAAAAGCAUGCGCUGCCCACCACGAAGGGGUGAUGUCUGGGAAAACAUCCUAUAUAUUGCUGGGUUUACCAUGUUUUUCCAGUGUUGCGCAGUACAUACUUUUGCAAGAUGUUUUUAAAACUACAGAUUCAAUGAGGCUUUGUCAUUCUAAAGGCAUGCAAAGCAUCAUCGGAGUUUUAGUUCUACAACAUCUGGGGAUCUACCUAUUGGGCACCCUUGGUCUAAGUAAUGUAUGCCCAGGGAAAAGUGCUGGAUCUGGCAACCCUAAGUCAGAUCAAAUGGAAUCUGCACAUUUGCUGGCGGGCACAUUAUUUAAAUUACAUUUCUAUCUGUUGUACGGCAGAGAUAAGAGUGUAAAAUAGUGUGUAUUGUUGCCCAUUAUUACAUUCACAUUAUCUGUUAAUUGAAGCUGAACGUUGUUGGCUGUGAUGGGUGGGUGUAUCCUCCAGCAUUUUGCAGAGUUUUACAUUGCAGACGCAGUGUAUGACCCGCGAGCCCCUAUUCCUAUAGAAAAGGUUUUAGCCAUUCUAUUUUGUAGCCAGUGCAGCAAAAUAAAUACUUGUUACGUUUAAAGGAAUUCUCCAAACCCCUAAACCUCUCCAGGGUGCUGAAGUGCUUUAGGGGUUAACAGUAUCCACCCGUUCACACAUUAUAAAAGUGCCGAUUGCACGAGAAGCUGGCACUUCCUGAUUCUUCUUUUAGACUGCUUUAUGCCCUUGAAACAAAGUGGAAAGCGAUGCUUUUUAUAGUGAAUCACUGAGUUGAGAAUCAUUGCUGGCGCAACAUUGGAUUCCUAGUGAGGCAAAGCACAGCUACAGUGAAGAACCUUAUUACUGCUGGAUUAAAAGUGACGCUAUAGUCACCAAAACAACUUUAGCUUAAUGAAGCAGUUUUAGUGUAUAGAUCAGGCAUAGGCAACCUUCGACACUCCAGAUGUUUUGGACUACACCUCCCAUGAUGCUUGGCCAGCAUUAUGAGUGUAAGAGCAUUAUGGGGAAUGUAGUCCACAACAUCUGUGGUGCCAAAGGUUGCCUACCCCUGGUAAAGAUCAUGCCUCUCAGGUUUCACUGCUCAAUUCACUACCAUUUAGGAGUUAAAUCACUUUGUUUCUGUUUAUGCAGCCCUUGUCACACCUCCCCUGGCUCAGAUUGACUCUUUCUCUGUAAAAUGAACUUUAAUCACAUACAGGAGGCUCUUGCAGGGUCUAGCAAGCUACUAACAUAGCAGGGGAUAAGAAAAUCUAAAUUAAAAAUGGAAGUAUAAACUUUAGAUGACUCUUUACAGGAAGUGUUUAUGAAGGCUGUGCAAGUCACAUGCAGGGAGGUGUGAUUAGGGUUCAUAAACAAAGUGAUUUAACUCCUAACUCCUUGGUAACUAUAGUGUCCCUUUAAGUUAACUCCCUUCUUUUUUUCUUUUUACAGGCAAUGUGUUCUAAUUAGUAUAUAAUUUAAUACUUUUGUGUUAUAAUGGUAGUGCUCCUCUGAAUGAUAGACUGUAAUUUCCCCUUACAAAUAAAUACUGUUUCGUGACUACCAAUUCUAGAUUGAAACUAACCCUUUGAGUGCUGGUGGUAUGCCAAAACAAUGCUUUACAUACGGUACAUUCUGCAAACUGUCCCUAUCCUCACACCAUCUGUCUCUGUAUUUCACAGCCUGGGCAGCUACGCAGCCCUCCAUGGGGAAUUUUACUGCAAACCUCACUUCCAGCAACUCUUCAAAAGCAAAGGGAACUACGAUGAAGGUUUUGGACGUCGCCCUCACAAAGACCUCUGGACCCACAAAGAGCAGGACGCCUCGGGAGACAAAGCUCUCUGA